UCUUUGACAUAAAAAUAAUUCCAAAUAUUUGAUAUUUAAAAUAUUUUCUAAUCUGUCUUCCAAGACUAAGUAAGAAUUUCUAAAUUGUUCACCACUAAACUAUGUUGCAUCAGUUGUACCAUGUGCUUGGUGAUCUUGUAGGACAGGAUUUAAAAACUUAGAUUUUCUGUUCCAGCAUUUUCUUUUCCUUGUUUUCAUAUUGCCUACUGUCAUUGCUAUGUAUUGUUGCCAGUGUUUUCCUUGUGUGUGUGUGUUGCACACGCAUGUGUGCCUGCAUAUAUUUGAAGGCCAGAAAUCAGCCUCAGAUGUUCUUCCUCAGGAGCUGUUCACCUUCUGUGUUGAGACAGGAUCUCAUACUAGGUCAUAGUGGUUACUAAUUAGACUAGGCUGCGCCUGGCUAGGAAGCCUCGGAAUCUUCCAGUCACUGUCUACCUAUUACUGGGGUUACAAGUACACACAACACCAGGGUUUUAACCUGAGGAUUGAUCUCCCGUCUGCACGCUUGUGCAACAAGCAGUUUACCAACUGAGCUGUCUCCCCGCCCUGGUAUAUGCCUGUAAUACCAUUUCCAAGUCUGUACAGAAGAGUAAAAUCCUAGUAAAUGACUUUGCUUCACUGUGGUUGGCAAGCUCUUCAGCGGGACUGGACAGACCCUUUACUUCUGCAUUCUCUUUGCUUUCCUGGGAAAGUAGGAGUAACCCUUGGAGCUGAUGUGUACUUCCCAUACUGAGGGUUACAUUUCUGAAUAUUAUAUGAGGUAGCUGAAAUGCAGUCUAAAUCAUCAGACUUAACUUGAUUUUAUAUGUCAAACUUUUUCUUGGUUGCACAUUUAUUUAUGGCAUUUUAAAGUUCUAAUUAGUUUAUUUCUUCAAAUCAAGUUUGUACUAUUAUCUUACAAAAACAAGAGCUUCAAAUGGUAAAAGAAAUGAGUUUGUUUUCUUUUAAAGAUUAAUUUGUUUACUUAAUGUACAUUGGGGUUUUGCCUGCAUGUGUCUCUGUAUGAGGAUGUCAGAUUCCCUGGAACUGGAUUCACAGCUGUAAACUGCCAUGUUGGUGGUGGGAAUUGAACCCAGGUCCUUUAGAAGAACAGUCAGUGCUCCCAACCGCCAAGCCAUCUCUCCAGUCCAGGAAAUGAAUUCUUAAGAAAUUUCCCCGUAUUUAAAAACUUGAGGCUUGUCGGAGCUCGAGUAGAUGAAGAAACAAGUUCUGUGGGAAGAGAACAAGUGAAUAAGGCCUACCACGCAUAUCGAGAGGUUUGCAUUGAGAGAGACAGCUUGAAGAACAAAUUGGAGAAAAUAAAUAAAGACAACACUGAAUCUUUGAAAGUAUUGAAUGAACAGCUACAGUCUAAAGAAGUAGAGCUUCUGCAGCUAAGAACAGAGGUGGAAACUCAGCAGGUGAUGAGGAAUUUAAAUCCACCCUCAUCUAACUGGGAGAUAGAAAAGUUAAACUGUGACUUGAAGAUCCAUGGUUUGGAACAAGAGCUGGAGCUCAUGAGGAAGGAAUGCAACGAUCUCAAAGUAGAGCUGCAGAAAGCCAAACAGACGGGUCCAUCUCAGGAAGACAUUCUGCAGGACAGAGAUCUCAUCAGACCAAGCUUGUCGAGGGAGGAGCAUACUCCACACCAGGGCCUUCUCCACAGUGAUAACAUGCAGCACGCAUACUGGGAGCUGAAGAGGGAGAUGUCCAACCUACACCUGGUGACGCAGGUGCAAGCAGAACUACUCAGGAAACUGAAGACCUCAGCUGCAGUCAAGAAAGCCUGCGCCCCAGCAGGGUGUGUUGAAGACCUUGGGAGAGACAGCACGAAAUUGCACUUGACAAAUUUCACUGCAACAUACAAAAGACACUCCCCUUUGUCACCAAAUGGCAAAGCUGCUUGUUAUGCUCCAUGUCCUUUACCAGGAGAUAUAAAGGUUUUAUCAGAGAAAGCAGUUCUUCAGUCAUGGACAGAUAAUGAGAGACUGAUUCCUAAUGAUGGUACAGACUUUCAGGAGCACAGCUCUUAUGGCAGAAAUUCUCUGGAAGAUAAUUCUUGGGUAUUCCCAAGCCCUCCUAAAUCAAGCGAGACAGCAUUUGGCGAAAAUAAAAACAAAACCUUACCUUUACCCAACUUGCCACCACUGCAUUACUUGGAUCAACAUAAUCAGAAUUGCCUUUACAAAAGUUAAUUUGAUGGGACUCUUGAUUUGAACAGGAGGACGCCAACUCCCACUGGUUCUCCCGAGAGAUUCUUUAGACGGGAAGUGGACUUUGAUUAAAACCUUGCAGUCCUCUAAUAUGUACAUUUGUACAUUCUGUACAACAUUAUGUAUAGUUGGAUUUCCAGUAUGAAAACUUCCAGUUGUACCUUUAAUAACACUUAAAAGGUUUUGCUUCUUGGAUUAAGAAUGGAAAUGGAAAUUCUAGACAUGGUUUCAUAAAGUAUGUGACCUGCCUAAAUACCUAUUCAUUAAAUAAAAAGCAGCCUUUAAUAUAAAAGAAAAACCAUGUCUGCUGGUUCAGAUUGUAUCGAGAAGCAAAUGGCAGUGUGAAUAGGUUGUGUUCCUGUGACUUCCUGAUGCAUAAGAAUUUGAAAUAUAAUGGAAUAAAAGUAGGUUAAAUCUAUGCUAUUGUGUUUCAAGUUUUAAGAUUUAGAAUAAUUUUUAAGUAAAAUGUGUAUACAAUUUUAAAAUGCAAUUUGAAUUCUAAGACUUGAACUAAUGACCAUUGAGGCCAAUUUUUCCCCACUAUAUUCAAAUCCUAAGUAGUUAAAAAUGAUAUGGUGUGUGAGUAAACUAUAUAAACCUACACCACAUCCAGUCAAAAGUGGAAAGAGCAAUAUCUGUAGUGGCCCUCUUGUGUGUCAAUGUGGUCAUUUUCAGCAGAACAGCUGUUUGUCUUAUACACUGUGCACUAUGACAUCUGAGAAAGUGAUUUUUAUUUAACUGCAUCUAGAACUAAAUUUUGUGCUGUCUAAUUACGAAAUGUAUCCAAAUUCAUUCUAAUUGGCAAGUCACCUGUGAGUAACUAAGGAAAUAACAAAGAUGGUUUCAUGUGGAAAUUCAUCUAAAUUCAGGAUUGAAGCAUUAAGAGUAUUAGUAACCAUGUAUUACCUGUUUGAUGGAAGACUUCCUAAAUGGCAUUUCAUAUAUCCUGAAUUUAAAGGAUCUCAGAUCUCGUAUUACUGAGUAUCAUACACAGCCCAACAGUGUUCAUUAUUCACCAGUUAUUUUUUUAUUGGUUUAUCUCACUCACUUAUUCAUGCCUGUCCAUGAUUAAUGGAAUUGAUGUCGGAUGCUGGAAUGUGUUCUGACCAAUGAACCCAGCUCACUCAAGGGAGUAUAGGCUCCUGCCAAGUAAUACAACAAGACCCAAUAUGCAUAAAGCAAAUACAAGACUCCAGGCUUUCGCUGAAGGAACUAUCUGUGUGAUAAAGCAGAGACACUGCUCAUGUGGCUGUGGAGCUGUCCAUCAUCUGUCUUAUGUCUAAUGUAGCUUACUGGUUUGCCUUUUUUUAAACCAAGAUUAGAAGUUUUCCUUUGUAAAGAGAGUCUUAUAAUGUUUUGAACAAUGCCAAGAAAUUGUUUUAAUUAAAAUUAUUUUUGUUUUUAAAA